AUGAACUCACUAAGACAUUUUGCAUCAAAAGUUAGAUUUACACCAUCAACCUCUACACUCUUAAAUAGAUCUUUUAAACCAACUACUUCAUUUAAUAGAAACUUUUCAAGUGCAGUUGUUGAAGAAGAUGAUAAAUAUGAAGUAACCAAUCAAUUAGAAUUCCAAACCUUAAAGCACUACAUUCCAGUCUAUACAGUUAUGAAUCAAGAAGGUGAAGUAAACCCACCAUCAGCCGAUCCAAAUUUUAGUAAAGAUGAAGUAACAAAGAUGUACAAGAUGAUGUUAACAUUGAAUACAAUGGAUAACAUUUUAUAUGAUGUACAAAGACAAGGUAGAAUUUCAUUUUACAUGACUUCAUUUGGUGAAGAAGCUAUUCAUAUUGGCAGUGCUGCUGCUUUGGAUUUAAAAGACACUGUGUUUGCACAGUACCGUGAAUCUGGUGUAUUGAUGUGGCGUGGAUUCUCGAUUGAGCAAAUCGUCAACCAAUGCUGCUCCAAUGAAUUUGAUCUUGGCAAGGGUCGUCAAAUGCCAGUUCACUAUGGCUCCAAGGAGAUCAAUGUGCAAACCAUCUCAUCGCCACUUACCACCCAACUUCCACAAGCUGUCGGCGCAGCCUAUGCACAAAAGUUGAUGGGUGAAAAGGCAUGCACGAUUGUCUACUUUGGUGAAGGUGCUGCCUCGGAAGGUGACUUCCACGCCGCCAUGAACUUUGCCGCCACCCUCCAAUCGCCAACCAUCUUUUUCUGUCGUAACAACAAGUGGGCCAUCUCUACCCCAUCGCACGAACAGUACCGUGGUGACGGUAUUGCCGGUCGUGGUCCAAACGGCUACGGUAUUGCCACCAUCCGUGUCGACGGUAACGACAUUUGGGCCGUCUACAACGCCACCAAAAAGGCCCGUGAAAUGGCCGUCGAGCAAGGUCAACCGGUCCUCAUCGAGGCCAUGACCUACCGUGUCGGUCAUCACUCUACCUCUGACGACUCGUCACGUUACAGAACACUCGAAGAAAUCAACUUUUGGAAGGAGAAGCGUAACCCCAUGCACCGUCUCCGUCAAUACAUGUUGAAGCGUAACUGGUGGACCGAAGACCAAGACAAGGAAGUUGUCUCUAGUGUUCGUUCCCAAGUACGUGAGUCUCUUAUGCGUGCCGAAAAACAAAAGAAACCUGCAAUCUCUGAACUUUUUACCGAUGUCUAUGAUGUACCAACUAAAAACCUAUUGGAACAAAAGGCUGAACUCUUUGAACAUCUUAAACUUUACCCAGAUGAAUAUCCAAUCGAUCAAUAUGCUCAAGAUAAAUAA